AUGGACAGCAUUCGGGACACGGUCCCCCCAGACAGAGGGGGCUGUUGCCCUGCUCUCCGCAAGCUGGUCCCCGUUGGCUUUGGGGCCGAGGCGUGGAUGCUCUUUGUCCUUUCUGGACCCCUGUUCCUGUUUCAGUUGCUGGCCUUCAUGAUCCACGUUGUGAGCUCGGUGUUUUGCGGGCACCUGGGCAAGCUGGAGCUGGCGUCAGUGACCCUCUCGGUGGCGUUUGUCAAUGUCUGUGGAAUUUCCAUAGGAGUGGGCUUGUCCUCGGCAUGUGACACCUUGAUGUCCCAGAGCUUUGGAAGCCCCAACAAGAAGCACGUGGGGGUCAUCCUGCAGAGGGGCACCCUGGUGCUGCUUCUCUGCUGCUUCCCCUGCUGGGCACUCUUCAUCAACACCGAGAACAUUCUGCUGCUCUUCAAGCAGGACCCAGCCGUGUCCAGGUUAACCCAAGAGUACGUGCUCAUUUUCAUCCCAGCACUUCCGGCGGUUUUUCUUUACGGCCUGCUGGCAAAAUAUUUGCAAAAUCAGGGAAUCGUCUGGCCCCAAGUCCUCAGUGGCAUUGUGGGCAACUGCAUCAAUGGCUUGGGCAACUACAUCCUGGUUUCUGUGCUGAGCCUGGGGGUCAGGGGCUCUGCUUACGCCAGCACUGUCUCCCACAUCCUGCAGGCCGUCUUCCUCUUUCUCUACAUUGUGCUGAAGAAGCUGCACCGGGAGACGUGGGCAGGCUGGUCCGGCCAGUGCCUGCAGGACUGGGGCUCCUUCUUCUCUCUGGCUGUUCCCAGCAUGCUCAUGAUAUGCAUUGAGUGGUGGGCCUACGAGAUCGGGAGCUUCCUCAUGGGCCUGCUCAGCGUGGUGGACCUCUCCGGCCAGGCCAUCAUCUACGAAUUGGCCACCAUCGUCUACAUGAUUCCCCUGGGGUUCAGCAACGCCGUCUGUGUCCGCGUGGGGAUGGCCCUGGGAGCUGCAGACACGGUGCAAGCUAAGCGGUCAGCCAAGUCAGGCAUGCUUUGCACAGGCGGCACCUCGCUGGUUGUGGGCAUCCUGUUGAGCAUCCUGAAAAAUAAACUGGGGCAUAUUUUUACUAAUGAUGAAGAGGUCAUUGCCCUGGUGAACAAGGUCUUGCCGAUUUACAUCGUCUUUCAGCUCUUCGAGGCCAUGUGUUGCGUCUAUGGCGGAGUUCUGAGAGGAGCCGGCAAGCAGGCCUUCGGAGCCGUCCUGAACACGGUUACGUAUUAUGCCAUCGGCCUCCCGCUGGGCAUCGUGCUGACCUUUGUGGUCAGAAUGAGAAUCAUGGGCCUCUGGCUGGGCAUGCUGGCCUGCGGCCUCCUGGGAGCGGCCGCCUUUACUGUCUACACCACCCGGCUGGACUGGAAGCUAGCUGCGGAGGAGGCCCAGAAACACGCAGGGCUGCUGCCGCAGAGCACUGACGGCAUGGUGGCCACGGUGACCACAGUCCCCCGACCCGGGCCUGUAGAAGCCGUCACAUCUUCAGUGGCCACGGGUGGCUCUCCCGGCAUCACCCUGACGACGUACUCGAGGCCUGAGGGCCACCAAGAGCUCUUCAGGACUCCGGAGGUGGCCCAGGCCCUUUCGGCUCCGGCCAGCAGACUGUCAGCCAGCCAGCUGGCCAUGCGCCGCGGGGCGGCUCUGGGGGUGGCGUCAGCCACGCUGACAGCGGGGCUGGUCAUCCGGGUCCUGGCCUCCAGACACUAGGGAGCAGCCCGGAGACGGGAAGGCCAUCAGGAGUGGCCGCGCCCCCGGGCCUCCACACCGGUCCCCCGACAGCGCCC